UUUUGCUCAGGCUCCUGCGAGGGCAGCCAGGCGGGGUCCCACUGUGAAUGGAUUUAUUCCAGUUGCUCUCACUGAGUCCCCACAUCAGAUUUGCCUCUGUGCAGCAGGGUGCUAGAGCUGAACCUCUCCUGUGUGUGAAAGCCCUCUGCAAACAUGGCUGCUAAGGUUCAGGGCCUGAGCGAAGAGGAGAGAGCCCACUUACUCCCUCUGCUACGCAACGCUCAGUGGGUGGAGGUUGUCGGAAGGGAUGCUAUUUACAAAGAGUUCAUUUUCAAAGACUUCAGUCAGGCUUUUGGUUUCAUGUCCAGAGUGGCCCUACAGGCAGAGAAGCUGAACCAUCAUCCUGAGUGGUUCAAUGUCUAUAAUAAGGUCCAGAUCACUCUCUCCACGCAUGACUGUGGGGGGUUGUCCCAGCGUGACAUCUCUUUGGCCACCCUGAUUGACCAGGCAUCUCUAAUGUGAGCAGCAUCCCAUCGGUCCUGGCAGAUAAAAAUUUAAGUGCUCUUCGUAUUUUUGUGAAAUGAGAAGCCUCUAAAGCGUGAAUAACUUCCCGUUCACUGUGACUAAUGCAGUUGUAGGUGUCAGGCUGCCCAGAGCCUCGUGGGUUUUUUUUUUUUUUUUUUUUAAACGGGGUGGGGAUUAUGUUGGCAAAUUAAGAUCAUUCCACCGGUACAUUAAUCUUUCUGUCCCAACCAUAGGCCCAUUACUGCCAGAGCGCAACGGAACGACGCAGGAGAAGAAAUAAAAUAAUCGCAUUGACAUAAUCUGUCUUGAAACGUCAUUAAAGAGUGUCUAAUGAAUGAGGGCCAAUAAACCAAUAGUGACAUUUGUAAAACAGAUAGUUACAGCUUACUGCAUAUGUAGCUGUAAAAGUUCCCGUAUGUAACUUUUUUUUUUGACUGCGGUCAAGUGAGCCCUCAUUUUUGAAGUCAACUAGCCGCACGCAGAAUUACGUUGCGCUUUUAUACCACAUAAUACGGUUUACUGAAAACACGUCUAACGUUGUACCUGAAGAGGCUGCGAUCAAUGCUGUUAGUAGUGUUCGUUUAUUUGGAGGGGCAAAUGUUACAAGCGCCUAAUUAGCGCUGUUAUAUAAGGCUCAAAGUAGCCAUGAGGGUGGCACACCUUUGGGUCUGACCUGUAACUCUUCACUGCAUGUUUAGAGUCACGUCUCCCUGAUCCUAAAUAUUUUAAUGAAACAAAGCAGAACUUGAAGCGUCGGAGGAGAACCCCGAUACAAGGAUCACAAUAAUUAUUACAGGCUGCAUUUAUGACUUCAGUGUCUGGGGUUUUGGUCAUGUGCGCAUGUGGCACAGUAACUUCAUUAAUGGGUCAGGACCUCACCGUAACUGAUUUGUUCUCCUACAUCCUACUGUUCAGAAAUCCAGCUGUUACACAGAUCUCAAGUUUCUAUAGCGACCAUCUUAUUGAUAAAAUAGCCCUUCUCUGGAUGAGUCCUACGCUCCCGCUGCCUCUCUCAAACAGCUGUAUCAAGACCAGAGAGUCUCCAACUUACAAAUUCACAUAUUCUACAAAUUAAAAGAGGGACAGAGAGAAAUGGAGGCGAACCUUUCCACAAAGAGUGGAAAAGGUAAGAGGACAUAUCCAGUGAGGAGAGCUGUUCUGAUGGAGACGAAGCUGUGCACAAACGGCUUUAAGAUCUGUACUACAGUCUAAUAUUUGCGGCUAUGCUCACAUGCUCCACCCUGCGCGUUAACGUGGGCAUGCGCGUAACCGGUGCGCUCUGGUAGUAUCACACAGCACUACACCUCUGGACCCAGCAUGUGUGUAUUGCUUGCUGAGUGUUUUUGAACUGUCAUUAAAAUUAUUUUCUCCA